UCUUUUGGUCUCUGCCUCAUGCCUCUCCUACUUCAUCUAAAAGUCGCCCGUACGAUACACUGAUCAAGAACACAAAAAUGGAAGGCAUCGAUGCCUGCAUCCCAAACUGCCCUUAUUGCCAGUAUAGUCCAACACUUUAUUACUUCUCUUUCUCUUCUUCUCCUUCUCAAUGCCCUAAUUGCCAAAAUAAUUGGUUUACAUCCAACUACGGCAUCCCCAGCUCUUCUACUUACGCUUAUGAAUCGCCACCUCCACCUCCACCUCCACCUCCACCGCCUCCUCCACCUCCACCUCCACCGCCUCCUCCACCUCCUUCUCCACCUCCACAACAACAACAAUCAUUGAAACCUCCGCCACCACCACCAACACGACCACAGCAAGGACGGCGACCACCGCGACGACCGUCCAGAACAAGAAGCCAGAUAGAUGCAGGUCUUGCAGAGCAAUAUCGAAAAAGACAGGCUCAGGUGAUGCCCCGUCUAACUGAAGUUGACAUUCCCAUCGGGGAUAAUCCAGAUUGGAGAGAUCCAUCUCUUUAUCUCAUGGGAUUGCAGUUUAGCAUAGUGAUCGUCUGGACUGCUAUGAUCAUUCCCUCAACGCUUGCGGCGGUGAUGGGUGGUGGCAAUGUUGAGAAAGCUGAAGCAAUCCAAAGUUCGCUCUUUACAGCAGCGAUAAACACGUUCUCGCAGAUUUUGUUGGGUUCUCAACUUCCGGUGGUGAUGCAAAUAUCCGAAGCUUUCAUCAUCCCAGCCAUCUCCAUUGCUAUAUCAACUAAUAAUAAAUUUAGUGCGACACUCACUCCUCGUCAGAUGUUUAAAAGAUCAAUGAGACGUAUGCAAGGAGCAAGUAUUGUUGGGUCCUUCCUUCAAAUCAUCGUUGGUUUCUCUGGUCUAGGGGGGAUUUUCGCAAGCAAGCUUACCAUUCUCUCUUCUAUUCCUCUUGUGACUCUCACUGGACUUGGGCUUUAUGCCCGUGGAUUCCCGCAGUUGGCAAAAUGUAUUGAAAUUGGACUCCCAGCAGUGGCUAUUGUGAUUUUCUCAACCCAGUUCCUUCCCUAUAUUUGGAAACCAAAAAGACCUAUACUUGUUCGAUCAGUUGUGAUCACGAUCUCGAUUGCAAUUGCAUGGACCUUUGCAGAAAUUUUGACCGUGGCUGGUGCAUAUAAUAAUGCAUCUCAAGAGAAACAAAAUAAUUGUCGCACUGACCGUUCAGGGCUCAUCCCUGCUGCACCUUGGAUCAAGGUACCAAAUCCAUUUCAAUGGGGCUAUCCUACUUUUGAAGUUAGAGAUAUCUUUUUAACGAUGGCUGCUUCAUUUGUUGCCACUAUUGAGUCCAUAGGAACAUUUUCCACCUCAUCAAGAUUAGGGGGAGAAUUUCGUGCAAAACCCCCAAAACUCAAUGGUCCAAUUGCCAGACAGACUACUAAAAAAGAUGUUGAUAAAAAAUAUUCGUCGAUAGCAAAGAGAAAGUAUAGGAGUGCACUACCUAUUUCGCCUGAUCUACUCCGUUAUGCUAUUGGCUUACAGGGAAUUGGAACUUUAUUUGAUGCAGUUUUUGGCAUGGGACUUGGUUCCACUGCUUCAGUUGACCAUUCUGGAUUAGUGGGAUUAACAAGGGUUGGCAGCCUGAGGAUCGCUUUCGUAUCAGCAAUUUUCUUGCUUCUCUUUUCCACACUAGGAAAACUCACAGCUAUUCUCGCUUCUGUACCUUUGUCAAUUGUGGCAUCUCUGCAUAUCGUCUUCUUCCCUUAUGUGGUUUCAGCAGGGCUUGAAGAUCUCUAUUACUGCGAAUUGGAUAGGUUCAGGUCAAAGUUCAUUCUAGGCAUUUCUCUCUUUAUGGGUCUCUCUAUGAAUAAAUACUUCCAUAAUUAUGAUUUAUUUUCUGGUCAAGUACUUCCUCUUUCUAGAUCCUCCUGGUUCAAAGAAAUAAUGCAAGUAAUUUUCUCAUCCGCAUCAACGACUGCAACUAUAUUAGCUUUCCUUUUUGAUCUCCUAACUCCCAAAGAGAAGCUGAAGAAAGAGAGGCCAAUGGCGAGGAAGGAGGAGGAGAAGAAGGAGGACGUGGUGGAGCCGUUGAGGCCGCUGAAGGAGGAUUGGAAGAUUUAUACUGCUUCAACACGUUCAAGCUGGUCUACCUUAGGGAUUCGUCGUUCUCGUAUGAACGGAUAGACUUUUAUAGUUUGUUGUAAUUCUGUUUUUGUUAGAAAUUUAUAGACGCUGGAAAGGCACACUUAAAUGGUGUCAAAAGGUAACAAUGAUGCCAUUAAAAUCAUCGCUUUGGCUGUGAGAUCUUUCAAGUUUCAAAUGAAACCAAUUAAAUCA